UUUUAUUUUAAUUUUCAGGUUUAACUGGCGCUUCUUACGGCCGUUUGUGCAGUUCAGUUCCAUCAAGCCAAAGACUCAACAAGAUGGAGCACACAGAAUAUUACGACGACAGCGAGGUGGCAAGCUCUAUGACUGGCAUGCAAACCCCAACAUCCACAUCUUCAGCAAGCUUAGAUGGUCUGCCUCCCGCCGGAUCCACAGCCAACAUGGCCCCUUCACCCCAUCCCUCAUUCUCUCCCAUUGCUAUAGUCGGCAUGGGAAUGCGUCUACCAGGUGGUAUUCAUGACGCAGAGUCUUACUGGGACCUUCUCGUCAACGGGCGAACGACACGCACGCCUAUCCCCAAGAGCCGGUUCGACAUGGACGCCUGGCACAACGUCACCAGUCGUCAUGGGCACUUUCUGGCCGACGAAACGCUGCGUCGUCUCGACACUAGCUUCUUCUCCUCUCUGAGCAGACAAGAGGCCGAGAUGAUGGACCCGCGACAGAGGUUGCUGCUAGAGGUUGUACAUGAGGCGUUUGAGACGGCGGGCGAGACGGGCUGGAGGGGUACUGAUGUGGGAGUCUAUGUUGGGCAGAUGGGUGAUGAGUGGGACAACAUGGCCAUGUUGGAUAGGCAGCGCGCCAAGUCUGUCAGACCAGAAGUGUCGGGGGACUAUAUUAUUGCGAAUAGGGUAUCCUACGAGUUCGAUCUCAGGGGGCCAAGCAUGGUCGUCCGCACAGCUUGUUCCUCUUCCCUUGUCGCCCUGCACCUAGCAUGCCAAGAUAUAAACAGCGGAAACUGCAACGCUGCAAUCGUUGCCGGCGUCAACCUUUCCAUAUCGCCAUCUGAAUGGUCCGUCAUGACUGAGCACGGGGUUCUCUCGCCCUCGGGUGAGUGCCGGAGCUUUGACGCCGCGGGGGAUGGCUUCCUACGCGGGGAGGCCAUCUCAGCCAUCUACAUAAAACCCCUCGCCGAGGCUGUACGAGACGGCGAUCCGAUCAGGGCCGUAAUACGCGCGACCUGUGUAUCUAACGAUGGCAGGGGUGCUUUGGGAGGAAUCACAGUACCAGACUCGGCAAGCCAGGAACGAACCAUGAGGAGGGCUUAUGCCAUGGCUGGGAUCCAUGAUUUGGAGAGCACGGCAAUGGUCGAAUGUCAUGCUACUGGGACCAAGGUCGGCGAUCCGCUCGAGGCCGCCGCCGUGGCGCAGAUAUGGGGAGACAAAGGAACAAUCAUUGGAUCCGUCAAACCAAAUCUUGGCCAUGGUGAAGGUGCAUCUGGAAUCUCUAGCAUUUUGAAGAUGGUUCUGGCACUCGAGGCCAAAACGAUACCGCCAAACAUAAAUUUUGAAACUCCCAAUCCGUCGAUCCCUUGGAAAGCCGCCAAGCUCACGGUGCCAACUCAAGCCCUUGAGUGGCCUGCAGAUCGCAGGGAACGCGUGUCUAUUAACAGUUUUGGGAUUGCAGGCACAAACGCCCACGUAAUUCUCGAAUCCGCCGCAUGUGCCGGGGUACAAGACCGUCCCGAGCGCAACCCAAGCAGUACCGACAGCUCCGUACCGCGUCUACUUAUCUUCUCUGCCAAACAUCCAGCUGCUCUCAGGAAGGUGGUAGAUGCAACCGAGAUGUACAUCAAUUCGGGGCGUGCACCUUUGAUAGAUGUUGCUCAUACAUUGUGCCUUGGAAGGAUUUCCCACAGCCACCGAGCUUUCGCUGUGCUUGGAGAAGGUCGAGAUGCUGGGGGGCUGGAGAUAGCCUAUCAGGGCCAAGAUGCUUCGACAGCUCUAACGACACUAGGCUCGAAACCUCCGCGCGUGGUCUGGGUGUUCACAGGCCAAGGUGCCCAGUGGGCGCAGAUGGGUGCAGAGCUUAUGGAGAAAGAACCCGUGGUUCGUCGGCGCAUCGACCACCUCGAACGCGUUCUGAAGAGUUUGUCCAAGCCGCCAAACUGGACCCUAAGAGGGGAGAUUUCCAAACCCAUAUCCGAGAGCCGGCUCUCCGAAGCCCAAUACUCCCAACCCGUCCUCGCAGCUCUCCAAAUCGCCCUGGUCGACCUUCUACGCUCGUGGGGCGUCCAACCCUCAGCCGUCGUCGGGCACAGCUCCGGCGAGACACCAGCCGCAUAUGCCGCCGGGGCCCUGACGGCCGAAGAUGCCUUUCUACUGGCCUACCACCGCGGUGGGUUCAAGCCUCUGCUCAGGGCCGCGCACAGCGGUGGCAUGGCGGCGGUGGGGAUGGGAAAGGCCGACAUCGAACGCGGAGGCUUCCUCAAACCUGGAGUCAUAGUGGCCUGUGAGAAUUCGCCGAGCAGCGUCACACUCUCUGGCGAGGCGGAUGUUUUGCCCGGUGUCAUGGCGGAUAUUGUAGCGAGGGGCCCGGCGGGAGUGCUGUGCAGGAGGCUUGAUGUCGAGUCUGCCUACCACUACGCUAAUCACAUGUGGACUGUUAUGCCCGAGUUUUAUGCCCGUGUCAGCGGCGUCGACGGUAUUCGCUCUGGUUAUCGGCCAUUAAAAGUCCCCUUUUACUCAUCGGUGACUACCACAUGCAUUGCCGAGGUCUCGACUGCUCAUUACAUUAAGAACAUGGUCUCGCCAGUUUUGUUUGAUGGCGCCGUCCGAUCACUGCUGGGGGGCUUUGAUACACCGCCCAUUUUUGUCGAGAUAGGACCACAUUCCGCCUUUGCAGGCCCCAUUCGCCAGAUAAUCCAAUCCGAGCUGGGACCGAACACAACAGUACGCUACAUCCCCACGUUGAUCCGCAACCGCCACGACGCCACGGCAUGCCUCCGCGAAACAGCAGGCAACCUCUGGCUGGCCGGGGUGGACAUCAACUUUGCCGCCAUCAACCCCAUAGGGCGGCGUCUCGCAGAUCUCCCAACCUACAAGUGGCAUUACGAGCCCGGCAGGGAGCACUGGACGGAGCCCCGGAUUUCCCGCGAUCUGCGCCGCGCCAAGUUUGGUCACCACGAGAUCCUCGGCUCGCGCGUCGUCGAGACGGGGGAUGCAUGCCCGUCGUGGAGGUGCAGGCUGCAGAUCGAAGACGUCCCGUGGCUGCGAGACCAUGUCGUCAUGGGCGAUGCCGUCUUCCCCGCGGCUGCUUACAUCGUCAUGGCUGGGGAGGCUCUGAGGCGGCUGACGAGUGGGCUUCUGGGCUCUUCUGAUCUGCAGCUUGGCCUUUCGAUGCAGGAUUUGGAGUUUGUCGAGCCGCUGGUUCUAAGUGGCGAGAGCGUCGAAGUGGUGACGACAAUGAUGCCUUGUGACCUCAAGGUAACUUCAAGCGCCGGAGACAAAUGGUUUAUGUUUUCCAUAUCGUCGCUCAGCGGCAACAAUAAUCAAUGGGUGACACACGUCACAGGAAGGUGUCGACUGGGGUGUGCGAUAGACAUGCCUCCGACACACUAUGUCCAGGCGUCUUCGCAGCAAUUGCCGCGGGCCGUGGAUCCACAAGGCUUUUAUCAGACCUGGAAGCGCUACGGCCUCGAGUACGGUCCCAUAUUUCAGAGAUUGAUGCGAGCCAGCUCAGAUGUUGGCGAGAUGCGAGCGAUCGGCACAGUAAACACAUGGUGUGCCCCUGAAGAGAGAAAACUGUACUACCCAGCAAUCCAUCCUACUGUUCUAGACUCCAGCCUGCACGUCUCUAUCAUUGCAGCCUGCCAUGGACUGCAGAGAAAGUUCGACAGCGUUGCGGUUCCCAAGUCGAUCAAGGAGCUAUACGUCGGCGUCUGCGAUGAUCAAGCUGAUCUCCAAGUCAGGGCAGAAUGCCGCACUGCUUCGCAUCAGACUAGUGAAGUCACGGGAAUCUGCAACGACAAGGUCGCUUUCCACAUCCGAGGGCUUGAAGUGGCGCCAAUGAGCAUUGGAAUGUCUACGGAAGACCAAGAUCCCCAUGCCGGACACGUUCUGGAAUGGAAAGCCGAUGUAGACCUUUCCCGUGCUGUUCUCCGCCAGCCAGGGAACCAUGAAAAUUCGGCAGGCUUCGGCAUUGCGGGAAUUCUUGACCUGCUUGGCCACAAGAAUCCCAACAUGACCAUCCUGGAAAUUUGUUCAGGUGCUGAAGGCAAGACCACCAACACCAUAUUGAACAGUCUAGGACAACACGGAACCCAAGCCCGGCGUUAUGGUACAUAUAUCAUCGCCUGUGACACUGAAGAUGCGUGCAUGGCCACCAAAAGGUUUGUUGGGGGUGAAAUUUCAGGACUGCAGGUUAUUUGGCUGGACCUAUCGCAGGGCAGCUGGCCAGAGACAGUUUUGAACCAGUCGUCGUGCGAUCUUGUGAUUGCCGAGCCUCGAGCAAUAAUAUCAACCUCAUCAGGAGCCACAGAGUUGCAGCACAAUGUCUUGGAUAAUGUCAAAAAGCUACUGCAUCCACAUGGCCGUCUCUUGAUAAACGGAUCCCCCGGCUGUUGUGACAGCAACGGACCCGAAGUGCCAUUCCACGGCGCCAGACUUUACGACUGGAAUCAUCUCAAUGAUGAUAUUUUGUCAGAACUCCAAGCCAGUCAAAAGUACAAUCUGUCCGCAGACUCGUGCCUUGAGCGACAAGUCAACGAAGUUACAAGUGUGGAAGGCCCAUUGAUAAAAGGCGUUCAAGGUCCGAAGAAAAGACUUAGCCUUCUAGCAUAUGAUACCAGUCACCCAACAGUCGUCGAGGCAGCACAUCAUAUAGCUACCCAUGGCAACGACUCCCAAAGCUAUGAUUUGGACUGGUUCUCACCAGGCCAGCUUCUCCCAACCAGUCAACCGGUUGUCAGCCUGCUUGAUUUAGAAGAGCAGUCCUUCUUCAACGAAAUGACUGCCGACAAGUGGGUGAUGAUCAAGAACUCUAUCCUCUCCCUUCAAGACACCGCCGGCGACGAGACCGCCAAGAUGUUGUGGGUCACUGGCCUUUCACAAAUCGGUUGCGAGGACCCCCAGUACUCCCUCGCGCUGGGGUUUCUGCGCAGCGCUAGGCGUGAAACUGGGGUUGAUUUGGUCACGGUCGAGUUGCAGGCUUUUGGUGACGAUGCAUGGCACGCCGUUGCCAAGGUGCUUGACUAUCGCUUUGGCACAAGCACUCGGGAAGCCGCGAUGCCUGUUGCGGAGGCCGUGGACUUGGAUUGUGAAUAUGUCUUUUACCAAGGGGAGGUCAGGAUCCCCAGGUUUAGAAAAGUCAACAUAUCGCGAGAGUUGUCCAUCAAGCAAGAGGAGAAUACCAACAGGUCCAACAACAUUGAGGGGCUAUCGAUCAAGAGGCUCAACACUGACGAGGUCAUCAACAACUCGACCCUGUCAACGCCUACACCAAGAGCCUCGAGCCAGAACAAACGCCAAGCCUCCCUUCCAUCUGACAGAACAUAUGUGAUUGUGGGCGGCCUUGGAGGGUUGGGUCUUUCAUCUGCCAGGCUCCUUGUCGAGCGAGGAGCAAGCCACAUUGUCUUCUUUUCGCGAUCUGCCGAGUCCUAUCUCGACUCCCACCCCGAAAUCAGCACCGAGUUUGCCGCCAUGUCCUGCCGCAUACAAGCCAUCUCCGGCAGUGUCGAUAACAUGGACGACGUGGACGCCAUGGUAGCCACGGCAUCGGAGCCCCCAAUCGCCGGGAUCAUACAUUCCGCAAUGGUACUCCAGGACGAAGCACUCGCCGACAUGACCUUCUCGCAGUGGCAUACCGUGAUCGACCCCAAGGUCAAGGGGGUGUGGAACAUCCACCACGCGCUUGCAGACCACCAGGAGCGAUCCGGCCACGCACCACCCGACUUCUUUGUCCUUUUCAGCUCUCUAAACGGGCUGGGCGGGCAGAUCCGGCAGGCCAACUACGCGGCCGCCAACAGCUUCCUCGACGCGUUUGCGCAGUUCCGAAGAGGCCGCGGGCUCGCCUGCUCCGUCAUCGACAUCGGCCUCAUGGAGGACGUCGGGGUGCUGAGCAGGGACAGGAGGCGGCUGGCUGCCCUCCGGGCCGAGGCGCUGCAUUGUCUGCACGAGCAGGAGCUGCUGGAUACUUUGGAGCUGGCGAUACUGCAGAGCAGCAACGUUGUGAACGGCGGCGACGAUGGCUCGUUUGUCAGUUUUGGGCAGGUUGCCAUCGGAUUGGGCUCGGUGGCCAAGAUGCGAAGAGCGACAGACCGCUCUGGCUGGACGAGGGAUCCACGACUGCUUCCGCAUCAUGUCGGCGCCACCCAAACUGCGGCCGAUUCGCGCAGCGACGACUCGAGUCGGCUGAGAGAGCUUCUUCAGUGCUGUGCACAAGGCGGCGACGUCCCCAUCUCCAUCACCGAGGAGGCAGCCGGUCUUUUGGCGCACCAGAUUGCAAUCAUUCUAGGAGGGUUCAUGAUGCAGAGCGAGACCGGUGAGGUAGACGUGAAUGUAUCCAUGAAACAACUUGGCGUGGAUUCCCUCGUGAGCAUCGAGUUGCGGAACUUGUUGCGGAGAAAGUUUGGGCUGAUCGGCUUGCAAGUGCACGACGUUCGCGGCUCUGCAACUCCGGUAGAACUGGCAAUACUAGCCAUCGAGAGGAUGCUGGUGGCGGCAAGAGAGAGUCCGAGGUCUCGAAUGCCGGCAGGAGUCCCCCCAGUUUGACCAAUGGUUAAGAAAUUUUCAUUGUGGAUGUCUGCAGUUCUGAUUCGAAGCAGUGGUUCUGUAGGUCCUAGGUUUCUUCAUUGGGUUGCGUUCAACCGCAACAUAUUAAUAGAGGCUGCAAAAUCAUGCUCGUGUGUUUUAUCUUGACGGCCGUGGUCCAAGAAAGCAAAGUAACAUCUACACCUGCGGGUGUUGGAGGGCGCCUGCGACCAUUGUUCCACAUUUAGGGUAAUGAAUACCAACUUAGUUAUGAUA